AUGGUUAGCAGUAGUAUGUUAACUUUCAUCAGUCGACGUCUAUCAGAAAUAAGUGACAACAGUCUGCCUUUUGGGGGAUAUAAUGUUAUUACUGUUGGUGAUUAUUUUCAACUAAGACCAGUGAAGGGAAAUUUUGCAUUUGAGAAUGUUUUAUUGUGGCACUUAUUUGAACCAUUCUUUUUGACUGAAAAUAUGAGACAGAAUGAGAAUUCAACUUUUUUCUACUUGUUGAAUAGAGUACGAUUAGGUUUACCAUCAGAAUUAGAUUUGCAAACUCUGAAAUCUAGAUUAAUUACAGAAAGCAUAGACUUUGAAAAUGUUUUGCACAUCUUUCCUCUACGCAAACAAGUUGAAGCUUAUAACAUCCAUCUUUUAUCAAAAAUCAGCUCUAAUAUUUUAAGUAUAUCGGCUUCACAUUACUUUUCACAGUCUGAUGAAAAUGCAUUGGGUUCUGUUGAUGAAAAAUAUAUUCCUAAGGAUGACAGACUUGCAGGAGGGUUAUGCAGUAUUUUGCGAAUUGCAAUAAAUGCAAGAGUUAUGUUAGUUAGAAACAUUAAUACGGAAUCUGGACUAGUUAAUGGAGCAAUGGGAACAGUAACUGAGAUACCAUAUGAAACAAAUAAUGGACAAGCUGAACCAACAAAAAUACAUGUAUUAUUUGAUAACAAAAAUGUAGGUAGAAUAAACUGUGCUGAUAGUACAUUGUUGCAUAAUCCCAUUCCCAUUGAGUGUGUACAGUAUGAAUUUUCCUAUGGAGGUCGACAAAUUGUAAGAAUGCAAUUUCCACUGGUAUUAUCCUGGGGUUGCACUGUUCACAAAGUUCAGGGUUUAUCUCUUGAUAGUGCUGUAAUUCAUUUAGGUUCUGAUGUUUUUGAAAAAGGAAUGGCAUACGUUGCACUGAGUAGAGCAGAAGGUAACCAACAAUUGGUAACCAAGAGUCUAAAGAUAGUGAAGAAAUCCAAAGAGUUGCAGUCGUACGUCAACAAAACACAAAAUAAAGAAAUGGUAUUUUUUAACGUCAUUGGUUUGCAAGGGAGGACAUAUCACCAUUUAAGAAUUUAUCAAAGAGGAAAGUUCCAUACAAUCAAGGAAGGGAUGUCUUUUAAAUUUACCAAUAUUGUUCAAAAAGACAAAGAUCUAUUCUGGGCAACUUCAGGCUCUCUCAUUGCAUACACAAGUGCUGUAGAGGUGGACCCUGAAAUUGAGAAAUGUGUACCGCCCCUACCAGAGGAGAGACCAGUGGGUGGCAUGGAGGUUGAUCUUGAGAGAGCUUUAAAAUCCCCAGAAAAAUCAACCGUCCAGGGAAAGAUUAUAAUGGUAAUAACUUACUAG